AUGGUUAACGAACAAGAGCAAAUACAUAAUGCUACUCUUACUCAAAUAACCAAUAAUCAAGAACUCCAGCAGGAAAAUAAUGCUGAUAAUACGUCUUCUCCUAAUGCAACAUCAACUCUGAUAAACGUGAAACUACGGGAGCAAAGUGUCUCUAAUGUUAUAUCAAUGCAAUCUGCACCAGGCAAUGUUAUAUCAGUUCAAUCCGAAUCAGGCAGUCAGCGACUUACAAGCUCUAAAGUCACACCAACACAUCCCGUGUACAACAAGUAUAGGGAAAGUCAAGAACAGAGUAAUGUUAUAAGCACUUCAAGACAAUCAUCCGUUACUCUUGAUGGUGAUGGUGAUGAUGAUAGACAAUCUAUUGCAAAUGAAAAUGAUGAAAAUAGUGAAUCUCCAAAAGCAAUAUUUACUAAAGAUGAAGUGAAAACUUUUCGCAGUUACCUUAUUUCUCAAAGAAAUGCAGAUGAUAUAUAUGAAGUUGUUGAUGAGGAUGAAUUUGAUCCCAAAAAUGGAUCAUCUUCGGUUCAUGAUAUAAUUAACAUGGAUCAAUUCCAAGAUGACGAGAGUUCUGAUUUUUUCGAUGAUAGCGAUUCUCAAACUAUAGUUUCAUGUGCGACAAUUGUCGAAGACGAUUCCCCCUCUCCAGAACGAGCCAGGAAAAAGACUGUUUCCUUUCACAUAAGUCAGUCAGAUCAAGCCACAAAUAAUACAAGCACCUCACCACCAAAUUCUACAAUAUCGUUACAACUUAACGACAGUAAUGGAAAUAUUCUUGCUUCCUCAUCAAAAUCUGUGUCUUACUUAUUGCAUGUGGAAAUAGAGAAUGUCGAUUCUGCUUUUACUAGUACUUUGAAUAUUGCUACACCACAGAAUCAUCCGCCAAUCCAGACAUUUAAUCAAGUCCCAUCCUCUAAGAACGGAAGUUAUCAUCGAUCAAAAAUUUUGAUUCCUCCGAUUUUGAAAAAAUCACAUGGAACACAGAACAAAGAAUUUUUCAUUAAUCUUACGUCAAUUGCUGAAUUCUUGGUUGAUCGUAAAGAAGUCAUGCAAAUUGUUCACAUAACUGGCUGCAACUUGCAAAUAGUCAGAGAAUAUUUUCAAAACGGCAGAAAUAUUCCUAACGAUAAGAAAAAAUACUUUUGGACAAAUGAUGAAGAUAUGGAGCUUCUGAAACCAAACAACUUUCAGUCCAUUUCAACAAUCAAAACUACUCACGGUACAAAGUGA